AUGUGGGUUUUUCUGGCGAUAUGGUUUACCGUGUUCGCUUUUGCUCCGUCGGGUUAUGCGUGUAAUGGGCACCAAUCGUUCUGUGCUCGUCCAUAUAGCAAUAUCACCCAGCUUGUCACUCACGACUCGUAUGCUGUGGGCCAGAAAGUCGCUGCUACCCAGAACCUGCCCUUGAUUCAACAGCUGAACGAUGGGGUUCGGGGAAUAAAGCUCUCGGCGGUCCCGAACCAUAUUGACCCUUCUCAGAUGCACGUGUGCCAUAGUAUGUGCAUGGUGCUUGACGCUGGUCCAGCUGUCAGUGUUCUCGAUGAAAUAGCCGAUUGGCUAAAGGACAACCCGAACGAAGUGGUGACGAUCAUGUGGAACAACUUGUACGAUCUCCAUGCCGAUCAGUUUGAGAAAGUCUACAAUCACAGCAACAUCAUGCCAUACAUAUACACUCAUAACCUUUCCAAUCCUACAUCGUGGCCGACGCUUCAGGAAAUGAUUGACUCUGGGAAACGCGUCGUCAACUUUGUCGAUUCAUGGGCCGAUACCAAAGCCGUGCCAUGGUUGAUGGAACAUUUCUUGCAUAUAUUCGAGACACCCUAUCAGACCACGAAUGCAAACGAUUUCCGAUGUGUCAUUGAUCGUCCUGUGGGGUUACAAAAUGGGACAGGGAUGAUGUACCUUGUCAACCACUUCCUUUACGGUGUAAUUAAUAUCGGCGAGUAUCGAAUCGAUAUACCCCAAAGAGACAUCGCUUUGCAGACCAACAGUCAGUCGCUUAUCGAUCACACCGAGCAAUGCAUUCGAACCUUUGGCAGACCGCCCAAUUUCAUCGAAGUAGAUUUCUACGACAUGGGAAAAGCCAUGGAAUAUUUAGCCAGACUCAAUGGCAUUCCCUACAUUGCGCCUGCGAAUGUAUCGGCUGAAGCGGGACCCGUUCAUGCCCAAAAUCUGAAAUGGCCUACACAUAUGAUCAUUGAUAAUUCCUCGCCAACCUUGUCCAUCCCGCAUACACUUUUCUUGAGUUGGUUUUUACUGACAUCAAUGCUCCUAGUUCUCUUUUAA